CAAACACUAAAUAUAUUUGGCGUAAAUGGGAAAAAGCGUUAAUACGGAUUUCAGGCAGGCAGAGUGGGAUAAUCGGAGUGAGAAGAAAAGGCCAAAGUUGGAGUACCUAGUAACCAACAGAAAAACCCACCCUGUUGAACUAUACCUCACGGCCUUUGCCUCGGCCUGCAGUGCCGAGGUCGUGGGCUACCCGUUCGACGUGUGCAAGACGCGAAUGCAGAUCCAGGGCGAGAUCGUCAACAUGACGGGCAGGGAUGCUAAAUACCGAGGUCUGCUGGCCACGGCCUCAGGAAUCAUUAGAGAGGAGGGUCUUCUGAAGCUAUACGGUGGAAUAUCCGCGAUGGUUUUCCGCCACUCACUCUUCAGCGGCAUCAAGAUGUUGAUGUACGACAAUCUGCGUGAGAAGAUGAUUGUUAUGGACGCGGACGGAAAUCCCCAGCUAUCGUUCACGGGCUCCUGCAUCAGUGGAGUCGCGGCUGGCGCCACCGCCAGCGUGCUCACCAAUCCCACGGAGCUGAUUAAGAUCCAGAUGCAGAUGGAGGGCCAGAGGCGCCUGAAGGGCGAGCCCCCACGCAUCCACAAUGUGUUCCAGGCCCUGACUUCCAUUUACAAAAGCGGGGGUUUGGUGGGGCUUUGGAAAGGAACCGUGCCUAAUACAUGGCGCUCUGCACUCGUCACCAUAGGCGACGUCAGCUGCUACGACCUGUGCAAGCGAUUGUUGGUUGCGGAGUUCGACAUGGUGGAUAACCGAGAAGUCCAGCUCCUGGCCGCCAUGACCUCUGGCUUAGGCGUCUGCUUUCUGAGUUUACCGGCGGAUGUGGUCAAGUCUCGGAUCAUGAAUCAGCCAACCGAUGAAAAGGGGCGCGGCAUCCAUUACAAGGGCUCCCUGGACUGCUUAAAUAGGCUGGUCAGGGAGGAGGGCAUUUUGGCGAUGUACAAGGGAUUCCUUCCCUAUUGGAUGCGUGUUGGACCUGCCUCUAUAGUGUUUUGGAUGACCUUUGAGCAAAUCAGACGAUUUCGAGGCAGCGAAGGUUACUAGGUAAAAUAUCAAUCAUCCAAAUUUACUGCUUUUAAAGCAAGAAAGCCAAUUAAAACAGCCAAGUACACUCUUGUCCAAUGUUUAAGUCAUCUACUAUAAGUAAAAUACUUUAAAAGCUUAAAAACAUAUCAGAAAAUAAAGAAGAUUUUGUUGAUAGUUGUAUUAUAAAGAAAACUUGGUACCUUGAAACCCA